UGGCUAUGUGUCCUCGUCCAAUGUGAGUUUGUGAGCGUAUGCGCGAGGUCUCUUCCAGCAUUCUUGGACUUAUGCAGGAGUUCACUGGCGUGUGGGUGAGGGAUCCUCGCAUCCAGAAAGAGGAUUUCUGGCAUGCUUACAUGGAUUAUGAAAUCUGUAUACAUACAAACAGUUUGGCCUUCACUAAGAAGAGUUCCUGUGUGCGGCGGAGAUACAGCGAGUUUGUGUGGCUAAGAAAAAAGCUACAGAAAAAUGCUAUGCUCAUAACACAUCUACCAAAACUUCCUCCAAAAAACCCAUUCUUCAGUCUCAACAAUGCCAGAGAGAUCGGAGCCCGUAUGGAAGGGCUCAGGAAAUUUCUAGAAGAGGUGGUUCACAGCCCCGUUCUGCUUUCGGACAGCUGCUUACAUCUCUUCCUACAGUCCCAACUAAGUGUGAAAAAGAUUGAGGCCUGUGCUGAAGGCCGAAGUCGCUACACUGUCUCUGAGGCCAUUCACAGCUUCAGCUCAGGAAUCAAACGCUUUGAAUCUCAGUCUGAAGGGAGCAUGGAGGAAGAAGACGAUACGCAGUGUGAAUCAGAGUGAUAAGACUAUUUUCUGCUUAACACAUAAAGACUGAGGAACAUAACAUUCAACAAUAAAGAUUACAUGAGGAGUGACAGUGGAACAGGGAAAAAGUUACUGUCAUUGCUGAAACUGGGUUGUUUUGUCUCAUACUCAUACUUUUUGUAUUGCUAAAUCUGUAUUGAUGAAGAAGAUAACCUAAUAAAUUAUUUAAACCACA